UGAGGUGACGGCGCAGCAACCGACCGCGCGGCUCGUUGACUGUGUGCGAACGGCGGCGCAUCUCCGGCAAACGGUCCCCCCGGUACGAGUGGAUGAUUCACAGGCUCCGCAUAGUCAUCUCGAAGCCUCUGAUACAGUCUCUGCGUCUCCCCUGUGUGCUGCGUCAUUGUCGAAAACUGACCUCCAAAAUGCCCUUCCAGUAUCCCCAGGCUUACCGCGACGAGGCUGUCGUGGAUGACUACCAUGGCUGCAAAGUGCCGGAUCCGUACAGCUGGCUGGAAGAUCCCGACAGUGAGAAGACGCAGGCCUUUGUCAACGCUCAGAACCAGCUGACGUUGCCGUUUUUAGAACAGUGCGAGGUGCGGGAUCUCUUCAAGGAGCGCAUGACUGAGCUGUACGACUACCCAAAGUAUAGCUGUCCGUUUAAGAGGGGAGACAGGUACUUUCACUUUUACAACACGGGCCUCCAGAACCAGAGCGUGAUGUACGUGCAGGAGAGUUUGGAUGCCGAACCCACGGUGUUCUUAGAUCCAAACACGUUUUCGGACGACGGGACCGUUGCUCUCCGAGGCUAUGCGUUUUCGGAGGAUGGAGAGUUCCUGGCCUACGGCACCAGCGCCAGCGGCUCCGACUGGGUAGAGAUCCACUUCUUGCGGGUGGAGGGCGCCGUGCUUCUGGAUGACCGCCUGGAGCAAGUCAAGUUUAGCUGCAUGUCCUGGACUCAUGACGGGAAGGGGCUUUUCUACAAUUCAUACCCUGACCAGGAAGGCAAAAGUGACGGCACCGAGACCUCCACAAAUCUGCAUCAGAAGCUUUACUAUCACAUCCUGGGGACUCCGCAGUCUGAGGACGUGCUGUGUGCCGAAUUUCCCGACCACCCCAAAUGGAUGUGUGGGGCCGAGGUAUCGGAUGAUGGGCGCUACGUGUUGCUGUCCAUCAGAGAAGGCUGCGAUCCGGUCAAUAGACUGUGGUACUGUGACCUGCAGACGACUCCUCAGGGCAUCACAGGACUUUUGCCAUGGAUAAAGUUAAUUGACAACUUUGACGCGGAGUACGAAUACGUGACCAAUGAGGGAACGUUGUUUACUUUUAAGACCAAUUUAGACGCCCCACGCUACCGACUCAUCAACAUCGACUUUGCCGCCCCUGAUCAGAGAAAGUGGAAGGAGCUUAUCCCUCAACAUGACAAAGAUGUUAUUGUAUUUGCCACCUGCACACACUCCAGCUAUCUGUUUGUGUGUUUCCUCCACGAUGUGAAGAAUGUGUUAAAGAUGUACCGUCUGAGCUCAGGCGAGGAGCUGCGGACCUUCCCUCUGGAUGUUGGCUCUAUAGUGGGCUUUACAGGACGGAAGAGAGAUUCUGAGAUCUUCUACUAUUUCACCUCUUUUCUAUCUCCAGCUAUCAUCUACCAUUGUGACCUAACUAAGGAGCCACUGCAGCCACACGUCUUCAGAGAGGUCACCGUCAAAGGCUUCACCCCUGCGGACUACCAAACAACCCAGAUCUUCUAUCCCUCCAAGGACGGCACGCAGAUCCCCAUGUUCAUCGUGCACAAGAAAGGAAUCAAACUGGACGGCUCCCAUCCAGGUUUUCUGUACGGCUACGGCGGCUUUAACAUCUCCAUCACGCCAAGCUACAGCGUCUCCCGACUCAUCUUCGUCAGGCACCUGGGAGGUGUUCUGGCUGUCGCCAACAUCAGAGGAGGCGGGGAGUACGGGGAGACCUGGCACAAAGCUGGCAUGCUGGCACACAAGCAGAACUGCUUCACAGACUUCCAGUGCGCGGCUGAGUAUCUCAUCAAGGAGGGCUACACGUCUCCUUCCAAGCUAACCAUAAACGGAGGCUCUAACGGCGGCUUGCUUGUUGCGGCCUGCGUGAACCAGCGGCCCGAGCUGUUCGGCUGCGCCGUCGCCCAGGUGGGCGUCAUGGACAUGCUGAAGUUCCACAAGUUCACCAUCGGCCACGCGUGGACCACAGAUUUCGGCUGUUCAGAAGAAAAAGAGCAGUUUGAGUGGCUCAUUAAAUACUCCCCUUUACAUAACAUCCGUGUCCCAGAGGGCGACGGCGUCCAGUACCCUGCGGUGCUUUUGCUGACAGGAGACCACGACGACCGGGUCGUGCCCCUGCACUCGCUCAAAUACAUCGCCACCCUGCAGCACCUCGUCGGCCGCAGCGCCAAGCAGACCAACCCUCUGUUCAUCCUGGUGGACACGAAGUCGGGCCACGGAGCCGGCAAGCCCACCAGCAAAGUCAUCCAGGAGGUGGCUGACACCUACGCCUUCAUCGCCCGCUGUCUCAACCUGUCCUGGGUGAAAUAACAUGAGCCUGAUGUCGGUUUGCUUUGUUUCCCUUUGCUCUAAUUCAGAAGACUGUUUCUAUCAACUAUUGAAAUGAUCUUAAACGAGAUGUUUAAUGAAUCCAAAGUGUUUACCCAAGCUCCGUUAUAUAUAUUUUUGUUUCUUACCAUAAGCCCGUCAGUGUUUUAACAGCACAAAACCUAUACAACAAACAGCUCACACAGCUUCUAGGUCGUGGGCCAUAUUUGUAGUUCUUUACUGCCAUUAUGGCCAGGAAUUUCCAGUCAGCCAUUGCAGUCUUGAGGUAAGAUGUUUAUUUAAGGUGUGUUUGUACGUCCUCCAGGAGCUUCAUAGCUGAUGCGUAUUAUUUAAAUCUCUGUGCACAGGAUGGAGCCCACUGGGUGCUGAAUGAUAUCCCUGUUCUUUAGUGUUGUGUGGGAGAGUGUACUGCAAGUAGACAGCGAAGCUGAUGUUUGUGUGAAGAUUUACUGAUAUAACAUUUUGUGUUUGUGUCCAUGUGAUUGUGUGUGUGUGUGUGUGUGUUUGGGUGUGUGUGUAAAGAUCGGUUACAAACUUCUUUUUUUUUUUUUGCAAACUAAAGUUUUCUACCUCUUGACUUGUGCUGAUUGUUUACCCUGUUAAAGGGAACAAAACACAAUGCCAGAUCUACAAUAAACUUUUUAAGGACUGA